AUGGACGGGGGCCCGGCGACGUGAACACGUAGAACGAUCGCCGCGGUUGUCCGUGGUAAGAGUUGUAGUCGGCAGUGUUGCUAUAGUCAGGUACCCGACAGGAAUAGAUCGACGAACUCAGCGUCGUCACAAUAAUAAUAUAUCGUGUGGGUUCAACCUCCGUACACAAACCGUAAUAGAUAUAGUAUUAUAUUGUCGACGUUCUCAGCUACACAGAAAUCAACCGCACGUCGUAUACACAGUAAAUAAUAAUAAUAUCAUCAUAUUUUAAUAAGUACUAUAUAUAUUAUACAUAUUGCAAAAUUAUUAUACAAUAUCACCGCACUUGCUCUCAGUCGAAAUGUUCAGCGGCAAAUGCACGAGUGCGGCCAGAUUAGAUGGCAAGACCGCUAUCGUCACCGGUUCGAACACGGGAAUCGGCAAAGUCACGGCCAAAGAAUUCUACAGAAUAGGUGCUAAGGUUAUUGUUGCGUGUCGGGAUGUUAAAAAAGCGGAACAAGCUGUUUCGGAGAUAGUGGCCGAUGUAAAAGGUGAUAAUCUAGGACAACUGGUCGUAGAGGAAUUGGAUUUGGCAUCUUUCGCAUCGAUUAAACGCUGUGCAAAAAAUAUUUUGCAAAAGGAAAAAAAUAUUCAUCUCUUAGUGAACAAUGCUGGGGUAAUGGCGUGUCCUAAGAGUAAAACCCAAGAUGGUUUUGAAACACAGUUUGGCGUGAAUCACUUGGGACAUUUUCUAUUCACAUCACUACUAUUGCCAAGAAUCCGAAAUUCAACGCCGGCUCGCAUUGUUAACGUUUCAUCAAUGGCUCACACAAGAGGUGUGAUUAAUUUCGAGGACAUAAAUUACGAUGCAAAUUACUCGGCCUUGGUAGCUUACAGUCAAAGCAAACUGGCUAAUGUGCUGUUUUCAAAGGAACUGUCGAAAAGGCUCGACGGUACCGGAGUACACGUAUACAGUCUACAUCCUGGAAUUGUUCAAACCGAAUUAGGAAGAACGAUCGACCAAGUGUACUUUCCGGGAAUGCGAUUCCUGGCCCGUUUCUUUCUCUAUCCGUGGAUUAAAACCCCAGAACAAGGAGCUCAGACUACUUUACAUUGUUCGAUAGACGAAAAAGCUGGAGAAGAAAAUGGUCUCUACUACAGCGAUUGUAAGGUAAAAGAACCGUCAGCAUUAGCCAAAGAUCCGGAAUUGGCCAAAAAACUUUGGGAUAAAAGUAUUGAAAUGGUAGGUUUAAACGAUUACGACAUGUUCAACUGCGAAGACACGCUGCCUGCGCCGUUAAAAGAUAUCUGAACAAAUAUUUUUAAUUAUUAAUCAUUUAUAUUUUAUUUUACAUAAUUAUUUUUUAUAUAUACUUAAAAGUUUAUACAUUUAUAAGCAUAAAUUUGCAUUUUUAUAAUAAACUAAUUUUUCAAUUACAAA